UCGCAUCAUAGGCCACGGUGUCCAACCAUCUUGUCCUCAGCCUUCCUACCCGUCUUGCAAGAAUUUCAUAGGUAGAGGGGGUUGCUGAUAAGGGUGAGUAUAUAAACAGCUAACUUGGAGGGAGGUUCACAGUCCAUUUUGUGCCAGCGGAUCCAAUACCUGCAAGAUGGAAAAUACAAAAUGGCUUGCUGUUUUUCUACUAAUGGCAACCCUCAAUCUGGCUUUUUUGAUUGUUUUUCUAACAGCAACUGUAAAUGAACUACGGGAAGCAUGCCCUGUAACAACUGGUAGAAUUGUCAAGGAUCCAUUUGCAUCUCCACUGAAGAAAUAUUUGGUAAAAAAAGAAAUAGCAUCGACUGGCAAAGUUGUGAUAGAAAUGUCAGUUCCAAAUCACAAGAUAAACAUUACUAUAUAUGUUGCCAGAAAUCGUAGAAUACCACUUGCAUUUCCUCCACAGAUGGAUAUACCAACACUAAGUGGUCAAUUAAGAAGAGAACCUUCAAUUUCAGAUUCAGCAAUGAGCGUUGAUGUUAAAAACAAUGCCCAAAAUGGUAAUGAGAUAGUCAAACAAAUAUCUUCCUCACAGAUGACUACAUUGUCAGAAGUAAACGGAUUAAGUGCUCGAGUUAAAAGAGAUCACACAACAGAUUCAGAAACUACCACCUCAUCUAUGACUACAGUUGUCAGAAAAUCAUCAACACCUUUCUCACAGACAACACUAUUACAAAAUUUCACUGGCUCAGUAAUUGAAGAAGCAACUAUUCCACAGACAACACCAGCGGAAGAACUGUCAACUCCAAGUGGUAGAUCUGUCAGAGAAGCACUAACACCAUUCCCAGAAUCACAAGAAGUAACAACUUCAACUGAUCAAGUUGAAAAAGAAGCCUCUACACCUCUCUCACAGACAACAUUGUUAUCGGAAUCGACAACUGCCUCUAGUAGAGUUCCCAGAAAAGCAUCUAAAGGAUUGGGAUUGAGCGAAAAAGAGAAGACUACCAUAAAAAAUAUUUACAGAGUCCUCAGAGCAUUAUCAACACCUGUUGAGCAGACGACUGAAGUGAAAAACGUAGCAACUCUUGGAGAUGGCAAAGAACAUUCAACUACUUCAGAGUUGAAUAUCAAACAGGACACUACCAUUUCAUCCAUUCAUAGACUCAUUAGAGAAGCUACAACAACUACACAAAAGGAGAAUCUGAUGCAAGAGGUAACAACUCCCAAGGGUGAAGAUAACACAGAACAAUCAACUUUGGACCAAAAUUUGAGCACUACUAAUCCACCUAGAAUAGUGAGAGACGCACCAACAUUGGCUAAGGCCUCAAUGAACAAAGAAGUAACAAGGCCCAGCGGUCGCAUCUUCAGGGAAGCAUUAAUUCAAAACCAGAUGAAUGUUGGAGAAGAAAGCAUCCCAUCAAUUCAUAAAAAGCCAGUUUUAAAAGAAAAAAAAUUGAUGGAAGGAUUUUUUAAAGAAACAAUCUCUGCAAUAAUAGGAGAACUUGAACAGGUAAAGUUAGAAGCAAUGAAGAAGAUCUCCAAACAUAAUGAUGAUCCCACUUUCCCACCACAAACCGAUCCUGAGGGCACUGACUUCUAGAUAGAAAGUGCCAGAUUCAGGUUCGAAAGGGUUUCUUGAAUUUAUUUUAUUUUAUUAAUAUACUUAUUUAACUUAAUCUGUUUAAUUAUAACUAUUUUAAUGAUAUGUCAACAUGGUAAUGACACAAUGCUGGACUGGUUUUUCCCUAUUAAUAAAUAAAUAUUUGCAUGUAAC